GGGCCCGGCUCUGCUUCUUCUGCUCCGCCGCCGCCUGCUUUCCUGCGCGCUGCCGGGCCAGCCGCCAUGGCGAACGUGGCCGACACGAAGCUGUAUGACAUCUUGGGGGUCCCGCCCGGCGCCAGUGAGAACGAGCUGAAGAAGGCAUACAGAAAGUUAGCCAAGGAAUACCAUCCUGAUAAGAAUCCAAAUGCUGGAGACAAAUUCAAAGAAAUAAGUUUUGCGUAUGAAGUACUCUCAAACCCUGAGAAACGAGAGUUAUAUGACAGAUAUGGAGAGCAAGGUCUUCGGGAAGGUAGUGGUGGAGGUGGUGGCAUGGAUGAUAUUUUUUCUCACAUUUUUGGUGGUGGAUUGUUCGGCUUCAUGGGAAAUCAGAGUAGAAGUCGAAAUGGCAGGAGGAGAGGAGAAGACAUGAUGCAUCCACUCAAAGUGUCUUUAGAAGAUUUGUACAACGGCAAGACAACCAAACUACAACUUAGCAAGAAUGUACUCUGUAGUGCAUGCAAUGGUCAAGGUGGGAAAUCUGGAGCUGUUCAGAAGUGCAGUGCUUGUCGGGGUCGAGGCGUGCGCAUCAUGAUCAGACAGCUGGCUCCAGGAAUGGUACAACAGAUGCAGUCUGUGUGUUCUGAUUGUAAUGGCGAAGGAGAAGUAAUUAAUGAGAAGGACCGUUGUAAAAAAUGUGAAGGGAAGAAGGUGAUUAAAGAAGUCAAGAUUCUUGAAGUCCACGUAGACAAAGGCAUGAAACAUGGACAAAGAAUUACAUUCACUGGGGAAGCAGACCAGGCCCCUGGAGUGGAACCAGGAGAUAUUGUGCUUUUGCUGCAAGAGAAGGAACAUGAGGUGUUCCAGAGAGAUGGCAAUGAUUUGCAUAUGACAUAUAAGAUAGGACUUGUUGAAGCUCUCUGUGGAUUUCAGUUCACCUUUAAGCACCUUGAUGCCCGUCAGAUUAUGGUGAAAUAUCCCCCUGGCAAAGUAAUUGAACCAGGAUGCGUUCGUGUAGUUCGAGGUGAAGGGAUGCCGCAGUAUCGUAAUCCCUUUGAAAAGGGUGAUCUCUACAUAAAGUUUGAUGUGCAGUUUCCGGAAAAUAACUGGAUCAACCCAGAAAAGCUUUCUGAACUAGAAGAUCUUCUACCAUCUAGACCAGACGUUCCUAACGUAAUUGGAGACACCGAGGAGGUAGAGCUUCAAGAAUUUGAUAGCACUCGGGGCUCGGGAGGUGGUCAGAGGCGUGAAGCCUAUAAUGAUAGCUCCGAUGAGGAAAGCAGCAGUCACCAUGGACCUGGAGUACAGUGUGCCCAUCAGUAAACUGCAAACAAAUGCACAGGUGGAUUUUAUUUCCACGUUUACCUGAUUUGUUUUCAGCGAUCUAGCUGGAGUGUCUGAUCAAUCCAGAUGAACUGAUGGACAUCUGUUGGUCUAUGUGUAACUUUUAAAAUUGGUAUAGUAUCUACAGAGUGUAUAAUUUAAACUAACCACAAGCUUUACAUCUUCAAUUCGACUGUUCUGUAGCAGAAUAAAGCACUUGAAAGGAAACAAGACUCCUUUCAUACCUGGGUUAUACGUUUCUGAUAAUCUGUGCUUGAUUUUUUUCCCCCCAGUUUUGUGUAGAAUUUAUGUUUCAUAUUUUAAAGUCAAAUCCCACAUUGUAAAAGUUUGUGUACAAUUUGUCUUGAAGCUUUGUGUUUGGCUGCACCUGCAUAAGCUGCUACAAAUAGAAUAAAGAAUUUCAUAGCCUGUAUCUAUCGUUUAGAUGCAUGGAAAAUGGGCUUUGCACACGGUGGGUUUGGAGCUGACUGGGAACAGUGGGGAAAAUUACAUUAGCUGUGGUUGUAAAGUUUUGAUUUCUUUUUUCUAAGCCAUUUUGUGAAAGGUUUCUGGAACUCGAUAAUAAAAAGCAGUUGGUGUAAAUUAA